ACUUGAUGAUUCCAGCCUGAGAUCACACCCACUCUGCACCUCUGACUUAAGAAGUGGUGCAAAGGCAGCCACACAAUUCUACUCGCGCAGCACACUUUGAAAAACAGCCGAUUUGGCUUUUGAAUAUUUGCGUGCAAGCUGCGCUUUUGGUCACAUACCUGCACGUCGGCCAGAGAGGAUGUCACUGACAAUCAACGACAGCGAGCAAGCGGAUCCGAGAGACGAGACCCUGGCCAGGGUUGAGAUCACCCUGUUGGCCAUCAUCUUCUCCAGCGCCGCCGUCCUGAACGGAAUCCUGUUGCUGGUCCUGUGGCGCCAACGCAAGCACAUGAGCCGGAUGCGCGUAUUCGUCUUCCACCUGGCCCUGGCCGACCUGGUGGUCACUUUCUUCCAGGUGUGCCCGCAACUCAUGUGGGACAUCACUGACAGGUUCGUCGGUCCGGACCUGGUGUGCCGCCUGGUGAAGUACUUGCAGGUUUUGGGCAUGUUCUCGUCCACCUACAUGAUCGUGGCCAUGACGGUGGACCGGUACCAGGCAGUGUGCAACCCCAUGGUUAAGUUCCAGCGGACGCACCGGCGCAUGAGUGCGGCUGUGUGCGCGGCGUGGGGGGUAUCCUUAGUGGGCAGCCUGCCCCAGGUGUUCAUCUUUUCCCGUGUGGAGGUGGCACCCGGCGUGUUCGACUGCUGGGCCAAAUUCGUCCAGCCGUGGGGGCUCAAGACCUACAUUACGUGGACCACGGCGGUCAUCUUCGUGGUGCCCGUCAUCACUCUCGUCUUCUGCCAAGUGCGCAUCUGCAGGGCCAUCCAACAAAACCUGCGCCGCAAGCCGCGGCGCGGUCUGGCGGGAGCUCUGCCCCCGAGAUCCAGCGGCGCAGCCGGCAUGUCCAAAGCCAGGGUGAAGACCCUCAAGAUGACCGUGGUCAUUGUGGUGGCCUACGUGGUGUGUUGGUCUCCUUUCUUCACCGUCCAACUGUGGUCCGCAUGGGACCCCAACGCGCCCAAAGAAACCGCCACGUUCACCAUCCUGAUGUUGCUGGCCAGUCUCAACAGUUGCGCCAACCCCCUCAUCUACCUCCUCUUCAGUGGUCCCUUUCCUCGGAGGCUUCUCGUGCCGGUGUGCCAGCGGCACUCCUUCGCCAAGGACUCCACACACGAUGAAGCCACGCUGGUCAGCACCUUCUACACCAGUUUUAAAACCCUCGCCAAUGACAAGUGAAGAAAGCGUCUCGGGGGAGGAAGCAGGUGAGGCAGUGUUGACGCCUGGUGCAUGCCAAGCAGAUGCUAAUCCUCCAGGGUCUCUCUGGACUGGCAAGAUAUCAUUUGUCAGUGACACACGAUAUUUUAAAUACAGCAUCUCUCAGCUAAGCACAAGUGGGUGGCCUGCAUGGGGAAGUGUGUUCCAGAUGCAGGAUGUUGAACAAACACAAGACGAGGGCAACUGUGCCUGAGUGAGGUGCCAGAAAAGAAAAAAAAAAGUCUGUAUUAACAAUCAUGUUCCAUUCCUUUGUUAUGGUGAACUCAAGUAACAGAACAUUCAGCAGACAUCCGCACAACGAAGAACCAAUACAGUAGUGCCCUGAGAUACGAGUUCCGUUUUUUUCCAGUGGCCAUGCGCUGAACUCAAAACAAUCCGAUCAAAAAUAAUCUCUCUCCUUUGAAGGGAAUUGAAAUGCCGUUACAGUAAUCCGCCUCCAUUGAAACGGUUACGUUCCAGACCCCCUCAAAAAGUGAAUUCUGUUAUAUAGAUAUAUCCUAUUUAAUGACACCCUCAGCAUGUUUUUACAGUAUUUUCAACACUUGUUUUUUUAAAGGUCUUGAAACACAUUUCUGAAAUGAUACAAACACAUUAAACACACAUAAGAGUGAGCAAGAACAAUGGAUAAAACAAAAUAUUGUACAUCAUCUACUGUACCAAUCCUUCAAUUUUACUGUAAACAAAUCCUGUUUUUUUUCCAAACGAACGAACGUAUCAUCUCACAAUAUACAUCAAUAAUCAUGCCCAAAGAUGUACAAUAUAAAAUUAACCUUUAGUUGUCACUUUCUGUAGGCAUAAAAAGCAGGAUGCCGCAGAUGACUUUCAAUAGCACUGGUCAAGAAAUACAGAAAACCUAAACUUUUCUAGAUGUUUUAUUUUUUUUAGUGCUGAUUCCAAAUCUGCCAUUUUUUGUCUCAAGCACACCAGGUUUUUAUAAUAAUUCUUCU